GCCCCUGGAGGAAUUGCGACGCCGCUGGUUUACGGCCAACUUCUAGCCUUAUAUUUGUUGCAUAAUGACAUGAAUAAUGCACGAUAUCUUUGGAAAAGAAUUCCUCCUGCUAUUAAAUCUGCAAAUGCUGAACUUGGUGCAAUCUGGUCAGUAGGACAAAGAAUCUGGCAGAGGGACUUCCCAGGAAUCUAUACAACAAUCGGUGCUCACCAGUGGUCUGAGACUAUCCAACCCAUCAUGGAAGCUCUUAGAGAUGCAACUAGGAGAAGAGCCUUUGGUCUGGUUUCUCAGGCAUAUACCUCAAUCAUUGCAGAUGAUUUUGCAGCCUUCGUUGGGCUUCCUGUAGAAGAAGCAGUGAAAGGUGUAUUGGAACAGGGCUGGCAAGCAGACUCUGCAACCCGUAUGGUAAUGCCUAAAAAGCCUGGGGUACUGGAAGCUUGCUUUAACAGAUUUAUCCCUUCAUCAGAACCUACUCCAGUUCCUCCAAUUCCAAAUGAACAACAGUUGGCCAGAUUGACUGACUAUGUGGCUUUUCUUGAAAACUGAUAACCCUGCUCCUGUCUUCAGAACAACUUGGGAAUCCCGUGUACUGACAGAGUUCUAGAAAUCUAAGACUUAU